AUGGUGAGACCUGUUCCCCCUUCACCCCACCGUCUGCUCGCCGCGCUCUGGCGCUCCACAUCUCCGGAGCCGGACCGGCGGUGUCCCACAAUUUCCUACCGGAUUCACGCACACGAUACUAACAUGUUGUCGCAGGCGACUCCCUCCUCCAACAUUUCCAGGACCGACACUACGCUGAAGGAGCAGGAGUACACGCCUGAUGACCUUCCCACCUGGAACUUCGACGGUUCCUCCACCGAGCAGGCUCCCGGUGACAACUCUGACGUCUACCUCAAGCCCGUUGCCGUCUUUCCCGAUCCUUUCCGUGGCACUCCUAACAUCCUCGUCCUCGCCGAGUGCUGGGAUGCUGAUGGUUCGCCGAACAAGUACAACUACCGCUACGAGUGCGCCAAGACCAUGCAGGCUCACACUGCGCUCGAGCCAUGGUUCGGCCUUGAGCAGGAGUACACCCUGCUCGACCUCAGCAACCGUCCUUUUGGCUGGCCCUCGAACGGUUUCCCCGCCCCCCAAGGCCCCUACUACUGUGGUGUCGGCGCCGGUAAGGUCGUUCAGCGCGACAUUGUUGAGGCGCACUACAAGGCCUGCCUAUACUCCGGUGUCAAGAUAUCUGGCACCAACGCCGAGGUCAUGCCUGCCCAGUGGGAGUUCCAGGUCGGCCCCUGUGUCGGUAUUGAGAGGAGUUUGGUGCCAAGGUGUCUCUGCACCCUAAGCCCAUUCCCGGUGACUGGAACGGCGCCGGUCUGCACACCAACUUCUCCACCAAGGGAUAUGGAGGUAGAGGGUGGCAUGAAGUAUAUCGAGGACGCGAUCAAGAAGCUUGAGGGCCGUCACAAGGAGCACAUUGCCGUCUACGGUGAGGACAACGAUCAGCGUCUGACGGGCCGCCACGAGACAGGCGCCAUCGAUCAGUUUAGCUGGGGCGUCGCCAACCGCGGCGCUUCCAUUCGCAUCCCCCGCGAGGUCGGCGCCAAGGGCUACGGAUACUUCGAGGACCGCCGCCCCGCCAGCAACUCGGACCCUUACAGGAUCACCCACAUUAUGAUGGAGACAUGCUUCGGCGCUUCGGACUAA